GAGGGUUUGUAAAUAGUAACUUAAGCUUAAUAACGUGGUGAUAAAUUAACCACAAUACUAUACUGCUAUCUACGAAGUUAGCUAAAUGAGCUAAAUACGGUAACUGAACUAACAGUAGCGGCGAGGCACAUUUAAACUGCAGAAACCCUCAUUACAUAAUUUUUUUCAUCAGUUCACCACUGGAUCCGAGUUGUUUUUUAUAUUACAUGUUGACUUAUUAAGUAAGUAUUUGCAGCCUUAUAAUGUCGGUUGUCAGCAGCCUUGUACCUGCACGGUUCCUGACCAUCAUCGCUCACCUUGUCAUUGUUAUCACUAUCUUCUGGUCGAGGGAAAAUAACGUGAAGGCCUGUUUGCCUUUGGAUUUCACACAAGAGCAAUAUGAGAAUGAAGAUAGAAAGUUGGUGGUGGCACUGGCGGUCACUCUCGGUCUGUUUGCUAUAGAGUUAGCUGGCUUCUUCUCCGGAGUGUCCAUGUUCAACAGCAGCCAGGGUCUCCUGUCAACAGGAGUCCAUGCCAGUGCCUCAGUGGCUCUGCUUUUCUUUCUAUUUGAGCAGUGGGAGUGUGACAUCUACUGGUGGAUCCUUGCCAUUUGCAGUGUGCUGCCUGCGUUUGUGGAGAUUGUUCUGUUCAUUGCUGUUUUUGGACUGAAGAAGAAGCCAUUAUGAAAGGCACUCCAUAUGUGAAAUCCUACAAACCAGUGUGGAUGUAAUUCCACAUCUCUGUUGCAGUUUACCAACAGACACUGUACUUACAGAACAUCUGUCAUCAAUUUAAUGAUGUACAGAGGAUUUUAAAUUGUCAUUAACAUAUACUACAACCAAUCUACAAGCCACUCUGUCCAGAAUAAUUUUUAUAUUUUUAUAUUUUGUGUGUGAAAUGAAUGUAGAAAUGGCAUUUAUAUUAUUAUGUUUACUUGUAACAUGUCCUGAGUGGUUACUUUAGAAAGAAAUGUAUCAGAAUGUCAACUC